UGCAGUUCUUUGGAAAAAAGAUUAUCAGGUAUAACCGGCUCUGAGGUUAAGUGACUCUUAAUAUGAGACCGUAGGAACUAAGACGGACGUAUUUUUUUGUUAAAGGUGUGAAAAUGAAUUUUGUAAACAACGUGAUCAUAUUUUAUUUAUGCGCUGUGAUUGUGACAAAUGUGCAAACCAAAGGAAUAAAAUUGACAAAAAGACAAACUGAUGAUAGAUGGUCAUGGGGCUAUGAAGAGGUGCCUGGAUCUACAAAUAAAGAUGUAAACCCAAGACCAACCAUUGACAUUGCAACUGUAAGACAACAAACAACAACUGAAGUAACAACAACAACAACAAAUAAACCUACAACCUCAAAGCCGCAGCGAAAUACCACACCUGCUUUCUGUUCUUCGUCUUAUGAACCACCAGGAAAACCUGACUAUAACGUGCCAGGAAGAAGAAUUAGCGAAGCAAAAUGUUACGAGUACGUGUGGGAACUGAAAAAUCGCAAGCAAGAAAAAGAUCAACAAGUUAUAUGUAAAAAGUAUAAGAAAAAGUGGAGUCACGGCGGCGGCAGUCACGGAGUAGGAGGCCGCGCGACGAAAUCCGGAGAAUUCCCACACAUGGGUGCAUUAGGAUGGAAAGCAGUGAUAGGCACCUGGGUAUUCAAAUGUGGCAGUACCCUCAUCAGUGACAAGUUUGUGCUGACAGCUGCACAUUGCACUAAAGCAUCUCCUAGAGAUCCCACUAUUGCAGAUUUGGUCCCGAAAAUUGUACGGAUCGGUGACAAGAAUAUCAUCGAUAAAGUGUCUUAUAAAAGUCCAAAAAAAGACGCCAACAUCGCCAGAAUAAUAGUACACCCUCAAUACACAGCACCUAUCCAAUACUACGAUAUUGCUCUAAUAGAACUAGACGAAAAGCUAAAGUUCUCAAAAUUCGUCCAGCCUGCUUGCCUUUGGAGCAAAUUAUCCACAAGCGAAUUGGGAAAACAAGCCACUGGGACUGGUUGGGGAGUGAUAGAAUCUGGUUCUCUUGAUAUCUCUCCGGAGCUGCAAGCGGUAACAGUCGAUGUAUUAGAAACUAGUCUAUGUGAUCAGCUGUUGAAAGAUUAUCACAAUAGAAACUGGAAAGGGUUCAUGGAUCAUCAGCUCUGCGCAGGAGUGCUGGCUGGAGGAAUAGACCCUUGUCAGGGUGACUCCGGUGGUCCCCUUCAAAUGAAGAUGCCGCUGCCAAAAGAUGUAACAGACUCAGAAGGGUCCAUGAGUUUUGUCAUUGGCGUAAUAUCUUUUGGAGUAGGCUGCGCGCACCCCAACUUGCCUGGAGUUUAUACUAGGGUGUCCAGCUUUAUCGACUGGGUUGAAGAUAAUGUUUGGAAAAAUGAGAAUCAGUUUAGCGAAAAUUUUUUUUUAGUAAUUUUUACGUGCACCGUGAUAAUAUCCAAUGUACAACCAAAAGGAAUAAAGUUGAUAAAGAGACAAACUGAAGACAGAUGGUCAUGGGGAUAUUUGAAUCAGUCGCAAAAUACAACAACAGAAAACCCAACAACUAUAGAUGACCAAGAAAUUACUACACCUAAAUUCUGUUCUCCUACAUAUAAGUAUAAACCACCAGAAAAACCAGAUUUUAAGACGCCAGAAACGAGGAUAAGUGAAGCAAAAUGUAUGGAAUACGUUUGGGAAUUAAAGCAACGCAAACAAGUAAUCGAUGACCUUAUAAUAUGUGCACGGUAUACAAAAAUAUCGGAGAAUCAGCAAAUAUCUGGUCGUCCCGGCGCGGUAGGAGGUCAUGCGACUCUGCUAGGAGAAUUUCCCCAUAUGGGUGCCAUAGGAUGGAAAGCCGUGGUCGGUACAUGGGUGUUCAAAUGCGGCAGUUCCCUCAUCAGCGAAAAAUUUAUGCUUACUGCUGCCCACUGUACAAAAGCCUCUACAAGCGAUACCACUAUUUCGGAUGUUGUCCCGAAAAUUGUUCGGAUUGGCGACAAAAAUAUAAUUGAUCUAAAUACUAUUGAUAGUCCACCAAGAAUAGACGCAAUGAUCACAAGAAUAAUAGUACACCCUCAAUACAAACCACCGAAGAAAUACUUCGAUAUUGCCCUUAUAGAACUGGACCAUGCAGUAACAUUCUCAAAAUAUGUUCAGCCUGCUUGCCUUUGGAACAAGCCAUCUACCACUGAACUAGGAACACAGGCGGUUGGAACUGGUUGGGGAGUGAUAGAGUCUGGUUCCCUCGAAAUUUCACCAGAGCUCCAAGAAAUAACAGUCGAUAUAUUAGAAAAUGACUUUUGUGAUCAACUACUCAUGAACAACCAAAACAGAAACUGGCGUGGGUUCAUGGACCACCAACUAUGCGCAGGAGUACUGGCCGGUGGAGUGGAUUCCUGUCAGGGUGACUCGGGUGGUCCUCUGCAAAUAAAAAUGCCGCUACCAAAAGACCUCACUGAUGUAGAGGGAACUAUGAGUUACGUCAUCGGCAUAAUAUCGUUCGGAAUUGGUUGUGCACAUCCAAAUCUACCAGGGAUUUAUACGAGAGUGUCUAGUUUUAUUGAUUGGAUUGAAGAGAAUGUUUGGUCAAAUGAAUAAAAGUAUUUAAAAGUUCAA